AUGUCUCCAGUAGACUGCUAUCAUAGUGAGCAUAAGCCAGAAGAAUUCACAAGCUUCACUGCAGAAGUACUCAACUACCCAUAUGCCGGCUCUGGCACCGAAAGCGACCCAUACCUGAUCCAGUGGAUCCCACAAGACCCUCGAAACCCCAUGCUAUGGAGUAGGCAGAGAAGAUGGUUCAUCACAAUGAUAGUGUCCUUGACAACACUGGCAGUGUCCCUCCUGUCAUCUGCCUACAGCGGAGGUAUCCGACAGAUCAUGGAGGAGUUCAAGAUCCCCCAGAUAGUCGCCACUCUUGGUAUUUCACUCUUCGUGGUCGGUUUUGCCAUAGGACCGAUCCUAUGGGCUCCUCUCAGCGAGCUCUUCGGGCGGCAGAAGCUAUUCAUCGGCACGUACGCGAUGCUGACGGCAUUCAGCGCCGGCUGUCCCGGGGCGAACAACGCUCACACGUUGUUAAUCCUUCGCUUCUUCGCAGGUGCAUUCGGGUCGUCCCCACUCUCAAACUCGGGCGGCGUCAUCGCCGACAUGUUCCCGGCAGCUGAGAGGGGGUUGGCAAUGGCAUUGUUCGCAGCCGCCCCUUUCCUCGGUCCCGUUCUUGGCCCUAUAAUUGGAGGUUUCCUGGGCCAGGAAGCAGGCUGGCGGUGGGUCAUGGGUUUCUUGGCCGCAUUUUCGGGAACACUGUGGCUCCUGGGAACCGCUCUGCUUCCCGAGACCUACGCGCCAUACAUACUUCGACAACGAGCAGCAAAGAUGUCCAAGAUGACGGGAAAGAAUUAUGUGAGCAAGGCGGAACAUGAACAAGGCAAAAUCAACCUGGCAGAGUCGUUCAAGACUGCACUUCUGCGUCCGUGGAUCCUGCUGUUCCGCGAGCCUAUUGUUCUGCUUCUGUCGAUCUACAUGGCGAUCAUCUACGGAACCCUCUACAUGCUCUUCGCAGCAUUCCCCAUCGUCUACCAACAAGGACGAGGGUGGUCCCCGGGAAUUGGUGGCUUAGCAUUCCUGGGUGUUAUGGUCGGAAUGAUCUUCGCUGUCAUCUAUACGAUUCCCGAAAACAACCGGUUUCAGCGAGUACAGGCCAGAAACGACGGGGUUGCACCCCCAGAAGCCCGUCUUCCCCCAGCAAUGGUAGGAGGCAUCGCCAUUCCAAUCGGUCUAUUCUGGUUCGCCUGGACAAAUCAACCCUCAAUCCAUUGGGUGGUUAGCAUCCUCGCUGGUAUUCCGUUUGGUUUUGGAAUGGUUUUGCUGUUCAACAGCGUCAUGAACUACCUCAUCGACGCCUACACGAUUUUCGCGGCGUCCGUUCUGGCCGCUAACGCGGUUAUUCGCAGCUGCUUUGGGGCUGCGUUUCCACUUUUUGGGCCUUAUAUGUACGCCGGUCUUGGAACCAAUUGGGCGUCGUCGGUCCCGGCUUUCCUGGCGCUUGCGUGUGUGCCUUUUCCAUUCCUUUUCUACAAGUAUGGACGCGCCAUCCGCUCUCGGUGCAAGUUCGCAGCAGAGUCCGAGGCUUUCAUGGCUCGGCUCCGAGAAACCGAUUCUUCUGAAUCAGAGGAAGAAGAAUCCGAACAGUCAAACUCUUCAACGUCUGAAGUGAAUAAGGAGGAGACUUUAGAGAGACAAUCCCAUUCAGAACAGAGAAUGAGUCGACGACAUUCCAUGGCUAGUGGCGCAGCAGUCUCCACGCAUCGUAGAUCUUACGAUGGUAACCCAUAUAACGUCGAUAGGGUCAACACCAGGGAGUCUUUUCAUGCAAAAUAA